GCGGCGAGGGCCGGCGCCGGAGAGGAGACGGCGGCGGACGGCGGCGAGCGAGCGGGCGGAGGGCGGGAGGCACCCGCGCAACCCCCGCGCAACCCCGGCGCGACUCCCGGAGCCGCGUCUCCCGGCCGCGCGCUGCCCGGCGGGGUUCGGGCGGGCGGCCGGGGGCCGAGCGGGGCUUUUCGCAUUUUUUCUUCGGCCGGGGGAGGGGGGGCCGGGAAGGCGGGGGGGCUCCCGCGGCUUUUCCGGGGGGUCCGGGCCCCCCGGCCCCGCGCCGCCGCCCUCCUCCCGCGGGCGGCACGAUGAUGUCCCUGAGCAGCAAGCAGCCCUUCGGCCUCCCCCACGGCGGCGGCGGAGGCGGCGGAGGCGGCGGCGGCGGCGGCCUCCACGAAACCAAGUACUCGGCCCUGCACAGCGCCUCGCCCUGCCCCUCGGCCGCCGCCCCCUCCGCCAGCUCCCCCGGCGGCACCGGCACCGGCACCGGCGGCACCGCCGGACGCCUCGGCUCCGGCUCCGGCUCCGGCGGCGGCGGCUCCGGCUCCGGCUCCGGCUCCGGCUCCGGCUCCGGCGCGGAGGCGAUGCGGCGGGGCUGUCUGCCCGCCCCUCCGAGCAAUAUAUUCGGCGGUCUGGACGAGAGCCUGCUGGCCCGCGCCGAGGCUCUGGCGGCCGUGGACAUCGUCUCCCCCGGCAAGAGCCACCACCCGCACCCGCCGCACCACAGCCCCUUCAAGCCGGACGCCACGUACCACACCAUGAACGCCAUCCCCUGCACGUCGGCCGCCUCCUCCUCGUCGGUGCCCAUCUCGCACCCGUCCGCGCUGGCGGGCGCCCACCACCACCACCAUCACCACCACCACCACCACCACCCGCAGCCUCACCAGGCGCUGGAGGGGGAACUCUUGGAGCACCUGACGCCGGGGCUGGCGCUGGGAGCCAUGGCGGCCCCCGACGGCGCCGUCGUGUCCUCGGCGCCGGGCCACGCUCCGCACAUGGCGGGGAUGGCCCCCAUGCACCCCGCGGCGCUGGGCAUGGCCCACGCUCACGGGCUGCCGGCCCACAUGGGCUGCGUGAGCGACGUGGACGCCGACCCUCGCGACCUGGAGGCGUUCGCCGAGCGCUUCAAGCAGCGCCGCAUCAAGCUGGGGGUGACCCAGGCCGACGUGGGCUCGGCGCUGGCCAACCUGAAGAUCCCGGGCGUGGGCUCGCUCAGCCAGAGCACCAUCUGCCGCUUCGAGUCGCUGACGCUGUCGCACAACAACAUGAUCGCCCUCAAGCCCAUCCUGCAGGCCUGGCUGGAGGAGGCCGAGGCGGCGCACCGCGAGAAGCUGGCCAAGCCCGAGCUCUUCAGCGGCGCCGAGAAGAAGCGCAAGCGGACCUCCAUCGCCGCCCCCGAGAAGCGCUCCCUCGAGGCGUACUUCGCGCUGCAGCCGCGGCCGUCCUCCGAGAAGAUCGCGGCCAUCGCCGAGAAGCUCGACCUCAAGAAAAACGUGGUGCGCGUCUGGUUCUGCAACCAGCGCCAGAAGCAGAAGCGCAUGAAAUACUCGGCGGGCAUCUGAGCGCGGCCCGGCGCUGCGGCUCCGCGGGACGAGGAGAGGAGGAGAGGGGGAGGCGGCCGCCGGGCCGCAGCCGGAGGUACCGGGGGUUCGCCCCGCCGCGCCCGGGGCCUCGGGAUGGGGA